CCAGGUUAAGCUGCGGGAGGGGCUGGCGGUGAGGAGGCCUCAAGCUCGCAGAGCGUGGAUGGGGCUUGGGGAGCCAGGAGCUUGUGUAUGCGUGAGCCGCGGACGACCAUACUUGCGGGUGCUACUGUUUGUGACGGCGUCGUUGUUGAGUCUCUGCAAGUUCUGAAGUGGAGAGCAUUGCUACUAACUUAAUGGCCCAUACAAGUUUCAAUGGGGAGCAUGUCGGUGGAGCUCCUCAUGCUGUCAUACCAGAAGUGGAAUUCCCUGAUCAAUUCUUUACAGUUCUAACCAUGGACCAUGAAUUGGUGACAUUCAGGGAUGUGGUCAUCAGCUUCUCUGAGGAGGAAUGGGAGUAUCUGGAUUCUGCUCAGAGGGACUUGUACUGGGAUGUGAUGAUGGAAAAUUACAGCAACUUGGUCUCACUGGACUUGGAAUCCAAGUAUGACAAAAAGACUUUAUCUACAGAGAAGGACAUUAUUGAAAAAAAUGAUUCUCAGUGGGAAGUAAUAGAAAGUAGUAAAUUAGUUGGCCUUGAGAACUCCAUUGUCAGAAAUGAUUGGCAAAGCAAAAGGAAGAUUGAAGUACAAAGACCUGAAGUGGGAUAUUUCAGUCAAAUGAAAAUCAUCUCUGAAAAAGUGCCCAAUUACAAAAAUCAUAAAUCUCUUACAUUACAUCAGAGAAUUCAUGAUAGUGAGAAGCCCUGUAAGGAAUAUGGGAAGGUCCUUAGUUGUGACUUAAACUUUGAUGAAUAUGAGAAAAUAUAUACUAGUGAGAAAACCUCUGAAUGUAGUAGAUAUUGGAAAACCUUUGGAGUAGAUGACCCACAUACCCUACAACUGAAUAUUCAUACUGGUGUGAAACCUUGUAAAUGUAUGGAAUGUGGGAAUGCAUUUAGUUUUUAUGAAGACCGUAGUGUACACUGUGAUGAUCAGAAGUGCUAUAAAUGUAAGCAAUAUGGAAGGAUUUUUAGAAGGAUUGAAAAAAUCACUCCACUUCAAAGAAUUCAUGAUGGUGAGAAACCCUAUGAAUGCACUUUCUGUAGGAAAUCGUUUAGAGUGCAUGCACAACUUACUAGACAUCAGAAAAUCCAUACUGAUGAGAAACCUUACAAAUGUAUGGAAUGUGGCAAGGACUUUAGAUUUCAUUCACAACUGACUGAACAUCAGAGAAUUCAUACUGGUGAGAAGCCAUACAAAUGUAUACAAUGUGAGAAGGUCUUUAGAAUUAGUUCACAGCUUACUGAACAUCAGAGAAUUCAUACUGGUGAGAAACCUUAUGCAUGUAAAGAAUGUGGGAAGACUUUUGGAGUCUGUCGAGAACUUGCUCGACAUCAGAGAAUUCAUAGUGGUAAGAAACCCUAUGAAUGCAAAGCAUGUGGAAAGGUCUUUAGAAACAGUUCAUCCCUGACUAGACAUCAGAGAAUUCAUACUGGUGAGAAACCAUAUAAAUGUAAGGAAUGUGGGAAAGCUUUUGGAGUAGGUAGUGAACUUACUCGACAUCAGAGGAUUCACAGUGGUCAGAAACCUUAUGAAUGUAAAGCGUGUGGAAAGUUCUUUAGACUUACUUCAGCCCUUAUUCAACAUCAGAGAAUUCAUAGUGGUGAGAAACCUUAUGAAUGUAAGGUAUGUGGGAAGGCCUUUAGACACAGUUCGGCCCUUACUGAACAUCAGAGAAUUCAUACUGGAGAGAAACCUUAUGAAUGCAAGGCAUGUGGGAAGGCCUUUAGACAUAGUUCAUCCUUUACAAAACAUCAGAGAAUUCAUAAUAGUAAGAAACCCUAUGAAUGUAAGGAAUGUGGGAAUGCCUUUAGAGUGGGCAGGCAACUUACUUGAUAUUGAACAAGUUGUACUGGUGAGAAGACUUUUGAAUGAAAGACAUAUAUAAAGCCCAUUUGUUUCUGAGUUUCAUUGGAAAAAUCUGUGUAUUUAAGUAGAAGUUAUCGCAGAGAUUCUACCUCUCUUAAAUCUAUUUCCAGACUUUAUGGCCACUCUAAAACUAGAAUUAUUCAUUCAUAAGUGAUAUAUACUUUCAGCUUUGUUCAAUAUCACCAAAUAUUUCUCCUUUUUAUAUCAAUUAACGUUCUGAAUAUCUGUUUAUGUAGGAUGAUGCCUAUCAAUCCAUUUCUUAAAUGCAUGGGAAAUGUAUUUCCCUAAUUAUUAAUUAUUUGAGUUAUUUUCAUAUGAGUUUCUUGUCCAGGGAUGUUUUGCUUACAGUUACUUUUGGUGUUUGUGUUUUUGUUCUUUUGCCUAUUUAUCGUUUUUGGCUUAGUGAUUUGUAAUAUUGCUCAAAUAUAUCUUUUGCAUUCUAAUUUUUUGCUUGUUUUAUAUGGCAUACUUAUCUUCUCCAGAGAGUUAGAACCCCCAGAUACUAUGUGGUUUUAAAGUUUUGUGGUCCUGCAAGGUGUUUGUGUAGAUUUGUUUUGUUUUGUUUUCUCUUGAUUUUGUUCUAAUGGUAGAUGUUUUAACUUUUCCAUUGUCAUCAAAUGUUUGAAUUCUUUUUGAAUUUCUAUUUUGUUUUGACACAACAGAUUUCCCUAAAUACCUUUUGCAACACAAUUCCUUUAAGGAGGCUUUUCACCUCUAGGCAGUACCAGUGGGCAUCCAAAUGAAAUGAGCAUUUUAAAUAUUUCAUAAAAUAUUCGAACCCAAUCUUAUCAGUCUCUUAAAUUUGUUACGCAGCUUUAAAAGUAGGAGAAAAUCUACAGCUAUUGCAAUGAUUAUAAACUGGUCACUAAAAUUAAGAGGGUUUACAACGCUGCUAUUACCAUGGCUUCAAUUGGGUUUUGUAUCUAUUUAUAAUUUUCCUUUUUAUUCCGUUCAGUGUUGUCUUACUGUGUUUUGGCAGUUGGAAAAUCAGUAGACCUUUGAUUUUAGCAAUCUUCCCUGACUCAGGAAAAACAAAGAGACAACAACAAAAAAUGAGACAGUUAAUAAGGUUGCAAAUCUUAGCUACUCCUCACCUCUUUCUUACGACAGUUGACCUGGUUAUAUAAUCAAAGUGAUCAAAAGCCACUGGUUAUUAAUUUUUAUAAGAAAAUUUACCUAUUAUAUUUACAUACAUUUACAUCACUGUCAUUCAUUAGAUUUUAAUUUUUGAGAUUGGUGUCUUGCCCAGUUUUGCAUGAUCAGCAGUAGUAAGUAAGGUGUUUUCUCAUUGGGUAUACUGAGCUAUGUUUUCUUUACAUAUUCCUUAUUAGUAAUUUAUUUAAGUUAGCAGUUAUUAAAAGUAUGUAACUGAUAGAUCAUUCAUGUCCUACAGAGUAAAAGAAUGGGUCUCUGUUGUUACCCUUUUUAUUAGGAUACCUGCUGUUUCAUAUCUUUGAAAUAGUUCAAUUGUAUUAUAAUUAUUAAUGUUGUUAUUAAUAGCUCACUCUACUUACUGAGCUGUCAUGUGACCACACUGCUGAUUUGCUCUUCUAUCCUACUCUAUCUGGUUAUUCUGAGUUACCAUCAAUGCUGAUUAAUUUCCCUCAUCUUGUGUAGUACUCCAGAGCUACUUGCCCUACACUUCUUUGUGUGUUUUUAAUAUUUUUUGCUUGCUCGAACAAAUUAAAACAAUGAGCUAUCCAAACCUUAUAUAUGGACUUAAAAUUAAUGACAGAAAUAAAAUAACCAUGUGGCUUGACACUUA